CAAUUAUUUGCUGUAUUUAAGUGUGAAUUAAGGUCUGCUUUGUUGCGGUAAUCGUCAGCUGGAAGUGAUUGCCUGUCUUGAGAUAUACACACACUUUGCGGACAAACGAUGUCUGGUUUCGCGGCUCAGACGCUGGAAAAGAAGUUAAUCGACUUAAACAGUUCCCAACAGUCGAUACAAACGCUGUCCCUAUGGCUAAUCCAUCACCGAAAGCACCACAAGAGUAUCGUCCAGACCUGGUUCGCCGAACUCAAGAAAGCCAAAGCGGUGCGACGAUUGACAUUCAUGUAUUUGGCGAACGAUAUCAUCCAAAACAGCCGCAAAAAAGGGCCCGAAUUCUCGAAAGAGUUCGGAGCAGUUCUCGCGGCUUCGUUUGAAUCGGUGGCGAAAGACUCGGACGACAAGACAUUGGGAUCGCUUGAGAGGAUUUUGGCCAUUUGGGAGGAGCGACAGAUUUACGACUCAAAUGACAUCAAAUCAUUUCGCUCUUCGCUCACUCUAAGGAAGAAUCAACAGUCAGUCAAAGAUGUGAACAAUUCGUCUAAAACUAAUGAUUUGAAGCCAAAUGAGGCGAAGGAAGCGAAGCGUUCGGAUCAUAAAAAAGACGCCCAAAAGGGCUCUAAAGACUCGAAACCGAAGACCGAUAAGAAGGAGCCGAAGAAGCGCUCCGUCGAGAAGAACUCGAAGCACACGAAUCCUCCAAAAAAGCGAUCAACAGAUGAAUCGACGAAUUCAGUGAUAAUUCCGAAACAAAAAUUGGCAAAAAUUGUCGAAAGUAUUGAGAAGAAGACGCCUGUCCUCAACAGCGGAGCGCCGGUCGACUCCGAAGCUCUUAUUAAAGCCUUACAAGAGUUGGAAAACUCGGCCUCUGCUGACGCCGGUGUCCGCCAGAAGAUAGCGAGCCUUCCGAACGAAGUGUUUGACGCGACUCUUUUGGACAAAAUCCGCGAUAAGGGAGCGGCCGAGCGGUUGACCAAACUUGUAGACGAGGCCCGCUCUCUGUUGGCCGACUAUAACACGCGAUUGACCCGUGAAUUAGACGACAGGAAACAAAUGUCGCAAUUACUUCGCAAUUACACCCAAAACCAAAGGCACGCGCUUUCAGUGGCCGAACAAAAACUCAAUGAAUACAAAGAGAAGCUCCAGAAAGUGGUUCACGUGAGGAACGAACUCAAGUCUCAUCUCCAGAAUCUGCCCGAUUUGAGUCGAUUGCCAUCAGUGACGGGUUUGGCACCGCUUCCCUCCGCGUGUGACCUCUUCAAUGUGGCGCGCAUUGGCGGCAAUAGUGCCGGUUCUGUCACUUCAUCCGUCUCUCCAAACGAGAGCAACGCAUCGCCUAUUGAUUACGAGUUAACGCCCGGAAGUAAUACCAGUUAAUACUGUUUAGUCAAU